UUAAUUUUCCCCAGAUGUGCCUGCAAAAAUAAUCAGCGUUCUUCACGAGGAAGCUGACUCUCCUCCUGUGUGCGCAGAACCUGAACUGUGACUAUCGGCCGAGAUGAAUCUCUUACUUUCGCGGAUAGGGAAUGCUUUUCCCUUGUCAAGAAUUUUCAGGCAGCUGGAGCAAGAGAUGGAAACGGUGGUUAAGGUGCUACAACCUGGUCCAUUGGGAAUCAUAGAACACAAAUUCUCUGCAAAGGAGAUUCAAGAGGCAAAUGCUACAGUUCGUCGAGCAGUAGAGAACUGGCAAAGGAAUGCAAAAUCACAGCAGUAUGGAAUCUUAAAGGAUUAUAUUAAUCACUGAAGAAGUACUUGUUUUAGUUAUUAUUUUAUAGGUCGUUGAAUAAUCCAAAAGUUUUUGGUGUUUGUAAGUUUGAAGUUUCAAAUUGUUUGAAAAUUUUUUGACCACUCUUCUUCCCUCCAGCCAAAUAAUCAUCUGGCUCUCUUGACACUUGAUUCCGUUUAGAAUAUGUGAUUUCUCCUAUUCUCUUCUAUUAAAAUUUGAUAAUGUGGAAUUGGAAACGUUCAACUGCUUUU